UGGAUUGAUCUGACAUUUGGUAACUUCAACUACGAGGCAGACUUAAAAGUUAACUUUGUAAGAUUAGCCCGCAGACCAACUUUGGAGUUUUUACAUAGUUGUCCCAUUUUCUUUGCGGGACAAAUGUCAUAUCGGAUGUUUUUAGAUGACUUUGAUAAUGUUUGACUAACGCGUGGUGCGUGUUUGUGAGCUGACAAAGUUGUUAAUAAGCUAACCAACUCGAAGAAAUCGACGUUGGUAGUUCACUUUGUUGUUCUCAGAGAGCCGUGAUCGAUCGUGUAUGUCUGAUAAAGGACAGGUUUAUUUGUGUUGUAAGAAUGUAAACAUUUGAAAGUGAGUGGCAUUGUAUUUACAUAAUUUAAGGUAGCCUAAUUUGUUCACAUACUAAACAAUAUUAAACGAAAAUCGGCGACUUUAACCUAAUCAUUUUACUAGAUUACAAUGAGAGGCUCAAAUGGGGUCCACAUUCGGUGCUGCACUGUGUAUGGUUGAGAUGGAUACAACUUGUUUCCAAAAAUGACUGUCCCAAAAGGCCCUAUAUGCCUAUCUCAUCCUAUUUGCUCUUCUAGUUGGCAUUUAUAGUGCAUUAAGACUAUUGGUGGGCAAAUGUGUUGAUGCUAAUAUUGUAUUUAUAUUUUAGGACUGAUUUUUUGUGUUGGUGAAAAUAAUAACGUAAUUAUAUUGGCCACUGGAUAUGAUGACAGAUUUAAAAACUAAAACAAGCUCUGCUAUUUGACUGUUUUUACUUUUACAAUAAUUUCAAUUAGUAUAGUUAUUAUCAUAUAGUGCUGCCAAGCCAUGUCUUUAAUUUGAAGUCAGGAUAUGAACAUAAGGUUAGGGACAGCACAGCAGUGACUGACAUGCGGUGCCCGUAGUGUAACUACGGUUGCUUUUUACAUAGCAUACCUGUAUUUGCCGCUUUGGUUCCUUUUGUUUGAUGAUUUUCUCUGUGCGUAUCGGCGUGUACUUGUGGGUGAGCAGCCUAUGAACAGUCGCUCAGUGAAGCCAGUGAUGUCUUAUAUACUGACUACAAGAUUCAUUUGAAAGCUGAGAUUAAUCAAUAAAUAAUCGAUAAAUCAAAAACAAGGAGAACCCUCUGCAAAGGCAACUGUAGACAUCCUCAGUUCAGCAUGGAUAACAACCUGCAGCUACUGUUGAAGAUUGACCACGAGCUGAACUCGGCAGAGGUGGCUUCCCUCAAGUUCCUCUGCAGUGAUGUUGUAGGCAAGAAACACCUGGAGAUCGUCAGUGAUGCCAAUGAUCUCUUUGUGCGUCUGAACGAACAAGAUCGGAUGAACGGUGACAUGAUGUUCCUGCAAGAGCUUCUUUUCACCAUCAAACGCUUUGAUCUGUUGCGGGACAUGGGGUCAUCUGAGCAGCAGGUGUUAACUUCACUCCAAAAGGGCAGAGAUUUUUAUGAUGGCCUGUCUUCCUACAGAAAGAUGCUUUUUGAUGUAGCUGAAAACAUGACAAGUGAAAAACUGUCCUCCUUCAAGUUCCUGGUGAAUCUGCCCCGAGGGAAACUAGAAGCCUCUGCAACCAUCCUGGAUGUUUUUACUGAAAUGGAGAAACAGCAGCAGCUUACUGAGGACGAUGUGGAGAAGCUGGAACAAAUCCUAAAUCACUGUGAUAAGCAGCUGGCUGGCAAGGUGGAAGAGUACAGGCUAUCUAAAACAGGUGAUAGUAGUCGCCAUGAACAGGAAAACAAUCUUCUUCCAGAGUCCAUGAAGAACCUGAGUGUUGAGACACGUAGAGAAGAGGACUAUCAAAACACACCUCGUAACCGUAGUCAGAGUGUCGUAUCAGAUGCAGGACCAGUGAUAAAUGACCAGGACGAUUCAUAUCCAAUGAACUCUAAACCCCGUGGAAUCUGUUUGAUUAUCAAUAAUGACAAAUUUCAUCGCCAUCCAGACCGAAAAGGAACAGACAAGGAUGAAAAUGACUUGCAGAGAGUAUUUGAAUGGCUGCACUUUACAGUAAAUGUCAAGAAGGACCUGACUGGUCAAGAAAUGGAAUUCGUUGUGCAAGAAUAUGCUAACAAGAGCCACUCUGCUUAUGAUGCUCUUGUCGUCUGCGUUCUCUCCCACGGGAUGGAAGGCACUGUGCUGGGUGUAGAUGGGGAAGAAGUACCCAUCAAGCAACUCUACAGGCCUUUUACUGCCUGUCGUACACUGACCGGCAAGCCUAAGCUGUUCUUCAUUCAGGCGUGCCAGGGUGGUGCGUAUCAAAAAGGCCAAAUAGUAGAGGAUGGACCUAACGAGCAACUGGGUGAGCGGUUUGAGGAAGACGCUCUAAACCCAAUGCUCCAUAAGCCGUCUGUCGCUGCCGAGGCAGAUGUGUUGAUUGGAAUGUCAACAGUUGAGGAAUUUAAAUCAUUCCGUCAUACCACAUUCGGGUCCAUCUACAUCCAGGCACUCUGCAGGGCGUUGGAAUCAGGCUGCCCAAAGAAGGAGGAUUUGCUGACUAUCCUUACACGUGUGAACAAUGAAAUCAGCAAACGUGACUACAAUACCUACAAGCAGAUGCCUCAGCCCAAAUACACACUGACCAGGAAGCUGGUUUUACCUGUGGACUAGUUAAGACCUGCCAUCUUUUCUUUUUCUAGUCCAGAGUUGCCUAAAACACAAAACCUAUGUCUCUGACGUGCAGUUAGUUCCAUGAAUUGCUUCAAACUCUACCUGCCACUGCACAGUGUACAGUGUUUUUUACAGUAUAGAAAAGAACAUGGAUGAAUGAACUCUGGAUGGAAGUAGAUUUCCAUAGAAUUGUCAAAGAAUGUUUUCUUCAGACAUGUAUGUAAUAUCAUUGUAACAUAUUUUGGUAAAUUACAGACAUUUUUAGCGUGGGAUAAAUGCAAAAAAGAUUAUGUUUGAGAUUAUUUUUAUUUUUUGUCAUCAUUUACAAUAUGUGUAUACAUGAAUGUGUUCCCUUUGUUUCAUACUGGCCACUUUGUCCUUCACCAAAUAAAAAAUAAUGUAUAUUUUGAAUCCAAAAAUAAA